UGAGUCGGCAACGGUCACACUGCACACUGACAAUAUUGGCGUUCCAAAGCGACAACAACAAAAACACGGCUUGGUCAUUUUCCUCGGCUAGCGCGCUUUAACACCGAACAGCACGUGUCCGCGGCCACCGGGCAGGCCAAUGAUGUCCAACGGGCGCUACGGGAGAUUCGGAGCACUCAUCGGCGUCGCCUGCGUAAGCAGCACCCACUGCCGCUUUCUGAUUUACUCAACCAAAAAUGCGGAGGUUCUCGCCUACCACGAGCUCAAGCUGCGCCAGAUUGUCCACCAGGCGGGCUGGAUGGAGUACGAUCCGGCCGAGAUAUGGAGGAACACGCAGGAGUGCAUGGAGACCGCCUACAAGAACCUGGUGAUACUGGAGAUCAAUCCGCAUGAUAUUAUCGCCAUGGGCAUAGUAAAUCAACGCGGCACCUCUGUGCUGUGGAACAAGCAGACGGGUCAACCGCUACACAAUGCCAUCGGCUGGUCCGAUUGCCGCAGCACUUCUCUCCUGAAGAGCCUGCUCCACAAUGUCCGGCACAACGUGGACUAUGUGCGGUACCGCAGUGGCCUGCCCCUGAGCAGCUGCUUCAGUGCUUUAAAGGUCCGCUGGCUGAUGGAUCACGUUCCUGCCGUAGCCACUGCCAUUGAGGAGAAUAAGUGCCUAUUUGGCACCCUGGACUCCUGGCUGCUGUGGAACCUCACCGGCGGCGUGGAGACAGGCGUGCACUCCACGGACCUUACCAAUGCCCACUACACCUCCCUGAUGAACCUGUCCUCGCAGCAGUGGGACCCUAAGUUGUGCCAGUUCUUCCGACUGCCCAUAAAUAUACUGCCACGCAUACGUUCCAACUCCGAGAUCUUCGGCUACGUUCUAGAUGGUCCUCUGCUGGGCAUUCCAAUAGCAGGCAUGAUGGGCGAGCAGCCGGCCAGUUUGCUGGGCCAGCUGUGUGUGAAGGCGGGGCAGAAUGUAUGCACUCUGGACGACAGCUGCUUCGUGCUGCUCAAUACGGCCAAGGAGAAGUUGGACUCGGCAAAUGGACUGAUCACGGGUAUAGCGCACAAGCUGGGCGCGAAGGAGGCCACCAACUACACGCUCGAGGGAGCCAUAUCUAAUGCGGGAUCCACGGUGACAUGGCUACGGGAUAAACUGCAGAUAAACACUGAGAUUAAUUCCAACGACAACGUGGUGGAGUCACUGAACACGUUUAUCGGCGAGAACUCAAUGAUCUCGUCCUCCUGUUCGUCAUCCAUGCUGAAUGCCGAGUGUGGGCUGGCAGCCAAGAGGUCGGAGAUCACUUUCGUUCCGGCCUUUCAUGGAAUGUAUGCCCCUUACUGGCGUCACGAUGCCAGGGGCAUUAUCUUGGGACUAACCAGCCAGACCACUGCAGAGAACAUCACACAAGCGGCAUACGAGGCCACCGGGUUCCAGAUCUUCGAGGUUUUACAGGCAUUCAAGCGCGAUACGCCCAACUGGGACCGCUCCUGCAUGCAGCCUGUGCUCACGUUCGGCGGCGAUUACGCCGAAAAUUCGCACCUUGUGCAGUUCAUCGCGGACAUCAUUGGCUACAUGCUGGAGCGGCCGCAGACUACUUCGCCCGCAGGUUUGGGCGUCAUGAUAGCCGCGGGCGUGACGAUGAAAGUGGUGUCUCUGCAGUACGCCGUAAAAAUGUACGCCCCGCCCACGGAUGUCUUUUCGCCCACAACCACAAAGAAUCGUCGAGAGCUGCUAUAUAAGCGCUGGGACUAUGCGGUGAAGAAAUGCCUGCACUGGAACAACUACGAAACCUAUGAGGCCGACGUCGAGCUGUUUGCUCAACGAGAACUCGAUCCCAAUUUACCCGUUCGGCGUUCUAUACCCGGUAGUUUGUUCCUGACAACGUCGUUUGCCCUGGUCCUGCUGGCAAACUUUCUGAAGAACAAUCCCCUGAAAUAGUGACAGUCUAGUUAGGGAGCAGCGGGCAGUUCUUUCUAGUCAACUGAACACGUUCAACUGUGUGCAUUAAAAUUUAUUGUUUAGUUUAGCAUGUAAUUUGAUAUUAGUUGCUUUGAUAUGUACAUAUAUAAUCAUUUUAGUUUUUUGCCCGAGUUGUAGAUCAAAAUAUUUGUGAUUCACCUAUAUACACCACUAUAUACAUGUUUUAGUAAGCUCAUUAUGCUCUGAUUCGUUAAACAUUCAGUUUAAGGUAUGCUUAUUUCUUGGAAACCUAAGGACAAUUGUUAAAGCUGUUCAGAAACGAGCACAAAAAGUGAAAAUCCUACAUGCGCCAUUGACGAUGGCUCUGAGUUAACCGGGAGAAUGUGAAGGCAAACUGUUGAGAUUGUGUUUUACAAGUGGAAAAAGCGGAACACAAGUGGCCAGUGCUCGCCAGAUGAGAUCCAUUUGCCAGUUAAUUAGCUGGCAGGUCUCCUCCACGGAGGGAAGCAUUCAUCACCUGCCCCGGGCUGCCGCUCACCGCAUUGAAUGGAGCUUAAGUUAUUGCGCUUAUUGUUGACACGCGAGUCGUUGGAGGAGCAGCUGUGCCCGUGCAUUCCAGCCUGCAGCCAAUGUGCACUUGAACGCGCCUGCCCCGGAACUGGAGGAGGAGUACGAUGGGCACCGGCGGAGGAGCACCCUUGGCCGUUGUCUCUGUGGUGCUCUUCGUUGUCGUCCGGCGAAGGGAGUCGACAAGCAGGCGAGGUACUCUUGCAAAUGAGUUUUUAUGCGCGAGCGUUUGCCAAAUGCCCUACGCAAAGAUGAGUGAGGCUAGUGAUUUGCAUUGCGAGCUGUGGCAAAAUGUUUGAAUAUUUUUAUGUAAACUAAAGUAUACUAUUAUUUAAUUAAUUAUUUAUUACAAAAAUCAAUAACCAAUGUCAUUAUAAAAUAUUUAAAUAAAGCACGGAAUCACUAAUAAAUGUUUAAAAGCAA